CCCCGGCAGCCGCUGCUCCUUCACCCGGUGGCGUUUCGGAGCUGACCCGGCGACAGGAAGCACCCGCGGCUCCUCCCUGUGCCCUCCCGCUCCUCCUCCUCGCCCAUGUCCAUUCCAAGAUGGCCGGGAUCCCUUUGUAUUUUGUGGAUUUGCAGGAUGACUUAGAUGAUUUUGGCUUUGAAGAUUAUGGACCAGACUGUGAUAGCAUGAGGAUAACAGCAUUCUUGGAUAUUCCUGGCCAGGAUAACUUGACUCCACUGGCUCGUCUAGAGAAAUAUGCCUUCAGUGAUAAUGUAUUUAACAGGCAAAUUAUUGCCAGGGGUCUUCUGGAUGUCUUUCGAGAUUUCAGUAACAAUGAAGAAGACUUUCUGGCUGUAAUGGAAAUAGUGGUCAGGCUCUCUGAAGAUGCAGAGCCAACUGUUCGCACAGAGCUGAUGGAGCAGAUACCUCCAAUUGCCAUCUUUUUGCAAGAAAGUCGACCAAAAUUCCCAACAGCAUUUUUUGAAUACCUUAUGCCCAUAGUAGUGAGGUAUCUCACAGAUGUUAACAAUCAGGUCAGAAAGGCAGGCCAGGAAGCACUGCUGAUACUGCUGGAACAAGAUCUUGUGGCUCAGAGUGACAUUGAAAAUAAGGUGUGUCCAAUUCUGUUGGACCUUUCUGCUCCUGACAGUGAUGAUGAGUACAAGGUGGAAGCUGUCAAUAUAAUCUGUAAAAUGGCUUCUAUGUUGAGCAGAACAACAGUUGAGCACAUGCUGCUUCCUCGUUUCUGUGAACUGUGCAGUGAUGGGAAAUUGUUUCAAGUCCGAAAGAUUUGUGCAGCUAAUUUUGGUGACAUUUGUAAUGCAGUUGGGCAAGAAGCCACUGAAAGACUGCUGAUUCCCAAGUUCUUUGAGCUGUGUUCUGAUAGUGUGUGGGGAAUGAGGAAGGCUUGUGCUGAAUGCUUUAUGGCAGUGUCCUACACCACAUCCCCAGAAGUUCGCAGGAGCAAACUGUCCCCACUCUUCAUCAGCCUGAUCAGUGACACCUGCAGAUGGGUUCGUCAGGCUGCUUUUCAGUCUCUUGGCCCAUUUAUUUCUACCUUUGCAAACCCUUCAAGUGCUGGUCUUUACAUUCGAGAAGAUGGAACACUGAGUAUCCGACCACCAGCACAAGAUGUGAAUUCCAAUUCCUGUCAGCCAAGCAACAAUAUCACUGUGAUGUCUUCCAGUGCAAAUGCUGCAUUACCCAGCUCAGAACAACCAAUGGAAAUCAAACCAGAAUCAUCGACUGAGGAGGCUUCAGCAGAAGUUCGUCCAAAGCUCUCUGAGGACCUAAAUAAAAAUUCGUGGCAAGAAAGUUCAGAUUGUUGUGCCAGCCGUGGAGAAGAUGUGUCUGGCUUAUGUCAGGGUGACAAAACUGCUGCUGGUGCCCCUGAAGGCACGAAGGAGAGCAGUUUUCCGGGGCUGAGCUCGGGGCUGCCGUCUGCCGAGGACGUGUUUAGCACAUUCCUGUACUGGCGCCCUCCUCUGCCCGACAUAAGUCAGGACCUGGAGCUGCUGCAGUUCAAGGCUGAGAAGCAUAGCGAAGCCUGCUCUGUGCCAUGUAAUAACUGUGUUGCUAGCAGUGAAAUAAAAAAGGUUCUAGAAAGCUUACAGGAGCACAUAGAUGAUCCAGAUGUUCAAGCUCAGGUCCAAGUGUUGUCUGCUGCUCUCAGAGCUGCUCAGUUUGAUUCUGUUGGUGACUGUGAGACCAAAAAAAUGGAAGAAAGCGGUGACAAUCUUCAGAACAAAAUGAUUUUGGAUGAAGCAACGGUUUCAGGUGCAGCUUGCAACCAGGUACAGGGGAACACUCUUUCAUCCCCUGCCUCCCAGGAUGACAUCAGUGACCAGUCAAGCACCAGUGUGCUGAAAACCACAGACUCAGAGGAACAACACAGAGGAACCAGUGUCUUUUUGAGGAAAGAGCAAGAAAAUAAUCCACCAUUUGAAGAUGACAAGUCAAAAUUACAGGACAUCAUCCCUCAGCCUUUACUGGACCAGUACCUGUCCAUGACUGACCCUGCUCGGGCCCAGACUGUUGACACUGAGAUUGCCAAGCACUGUGCCUACAGCCUGCCUGGGGUGGCCCUGACAUUGGGCAGGCAGAACUGGCACUGCCUCAAGGACACCUAUGAGACACUAGCUUCAGAUGUACAGUGGAAGGUGCGGCGCACUCUGGCUUUCUCUAUCCACGAGCUGGCUGUGAUCCUGGGGGAUCAGUUAACCGCUGCUGAUCUGGUGCCAAUUUUCAAUGGCUUCUUGAAAGAUCUGGAUGAAGUGCGUAUUGGUGUCCUCAAACAUCUCUAUGACUUUCUGAAGCUACUUCAUGCAGACAAAAGGCGAGAGUAUCUUUACCAGCUGCAAGAAUUUGUGGUGACUGAUAACAGCAGGAACUGGAGGUUUCGUUACGAGCUGGCAGAGCAGCUGAUCCUGAUCCUGGAGCUCUACAAUCCCAACGAUGUCUUUGACUACUUAAGGCACAUUGCACUAACUCUGUGCUCCGAUAAAGUUUCAGAAGUUCGGUGGAUCUCCUUCAAACUGGUCGUAGCAAUAUUACAGAAGUUCUAUGCAAACAGUGCCAAUGGCCUGGGAUUAAAUUUCAUCAAUGAGCUCGUAGUGCGGUUUCGUCACUGCUCCAAGUGGGUUGGGAGACAAGCCUUUGCCUUCAUUUGUCAGGCUGUAGUAGAAGAAGAGUGCAUGCCUGUGGACCAGUUUGUUGAACACUUACUCCCCAGCCUUCUAAGCCUUGCAUCAGAUCCCGUGCCAAACGUCAGGGUCCUGCUCGCCAAGGCUCUCAGGCAGACAUUGCUGGAGAAAGCUUAUUUUAAAAGUGUUGGCAAUCCUCAUCUAGAAGCUGCAGAAGAGACCAUUCUAGCCCUGCAGUCUGACAGAGAUCAAGAUGUGUCUUUCUUUGCCACCAUAAAACUGAAACAGGAUAACAUGGACAAUAUCACCAUUGAAAAACAAAACUAAAGUGCAGUGAAGGCUGAACAGCAGGACGGUUUUUCACCUUGUUUCUGUUAGUGUGAGUAAUGAGGAGAGAUAAGGUGGGUUUUGUUGAGCAGGAAAGGGGGUGUUGAGAAAUGUUAGUCUUCAUUUCAUGACCUUGUUUCAUCUACAGCAGUAUGUUUGAUUCCUGUGAGUAAUUCCUUCCGUUUGGUUUUCCCUUUAUAAAUUCAGGUGAUAACUCUGACCUCACCUGCACUUCAGUAUUGUCUGUGAAGUCUUACACCACACACUGUGUUUAAGCAUAUUUUGAAUUUACAUUUCAUUUUUUUAACAAAAUAUUUCCGUUAGUACAAGUUUGCUAUGAGUUCAAAAAGGUGGCUAAAUCUUAAAAGCAAACUUUCCUGAAGCUGUUCCUUCCUCACUUUUAUCUUUGUACUGUUCCACUUACUGCAUUUAUUUGAAAAAAAAAUGUAUAUAUGUGAAUAGUUUUGAAUUGUAACAAAAAAUUAUGAAGAACUUAAUUCUGUAUCAAUGGGAAUAGCUCAAAAAUCAUUUCAUUUUUAAAGUAGUUACACUGCUAGAAUGAAGUACUGGUCACACAUUUUUAUGUGUGAUAUUUUUUAAAACACAGAGAGCUCAACAUUCUUUGUAUAUUGUGAGGUUUCUCUUAGCUUGUUCCUUCUGAGCUAUACCCUUACAGUGUUAAGAGAUAAUAAUAGCAACAUUUCUGACUGCCCUUACAGGUGUUCACAGGUCAGUUUUUGUUGCUGCUGCCUCUCCCAGGAGCAGGCAGACUGGAGAUCUUCUAAGUGGAAAAUUCCUUAUUCUGCCCCAGCAAAGGUCACUUGAGUUGAGGGAUUCAAUUCUGCAACAGGAGCUGGAACUGUACAAGGGUAUUACAGAGAGAUACAGGCUUGAGUCUGUUUGUUAAAUGAGGUGUGCAUGUAGAACAAACACCUUUUAACCUGCCCAGUGGUUAAACCCCAAACAGCUUUUCCUAAGAAACAAAGGAGUGCUAAAUUCUGCAAAACCCCAGUGCAGAAAUCUUCUGGGGAAAGGUCGUGCCACAGUUUGUUCUGCCACCUCUGUGGGUAGUAGGGCAAGGUCUGGGGCAAACACCAAGUCAGACAGGUUAGGUGAAGUGGGAUGUCUCCUGUCUGUUGGAACAGGGGCUUGGAAGAAAGAGCACAAUUGUGUUAGUCAAAUUCAGUAGCCUCGGAAAAAUUAUAAAGCUUAUACUCCUGCUGGACCCUGUCUUCUUUUGGAUCCCAAGUGUGCAAUAAUGUGGGUCCUGGGAAAAAUAGUCUUUUUUAAAUUGUGGAUUGAAACUUUAUCCUGCUCAAAAACUAAAUUAUUAUAAAUUAUAAAUUAAUGAAGUGGUUUCAUGUAAUCACAGUUACUUUCUUCCUGAGAGCAGAGUCCUUUUGCCUCAGCAGACCUGUGUAAAUACUCACCAAUACUCACCCUUCUUUCAUGUUCCAUAGUAAGUAGCUCACAUGGGGGAAGGUUAUCACACCUGUUUUGGUUUUGUUUGGAUGUGGCAGUACAGUGAGUAGGUUCCUCAGCUGGGUUCUGUGUUUUGGGAGGGCUCACUUUUGUAUGAGUUAACCAGUCAUGUAUUAUAAUAUGUACAGUAUUUUUAGCAAAUUGUUUUCUUGUAAGAUCACAAAAUGCUCUUUGGAAGUUGCAGGCAGAAACACACCACUGCUAUUGCAGCAAACAGUGCAAACUCUGCAACAUUCUACAUUUAAUUUUUUACAGUUUUUUUGAUAAUUUAAAACAAAUGCUUCUUCAGUACAGACUUUUUAUGAUUGCAAUUUCUUAACAAAAAGACCCCUCAAGUUAAUUUUUUCUAGUUCUAAUAUCUUUUUCUAAUGCUGGCAUUAUACUGAUAUUUUCUAACAGUUCAGAUUUUCUAAGGCCUUUCUGACAAGGUUUCACUUCUGUUUUUUAUUAUCAGUUCAUUAAAUUUCUCAGCACUGAACAGAUUUUUUUAACCGUGUGUAUAUGUAAGUAUGUUUGAAAUAUACUGUAUAUAAAUUAAAUACCUUGAACAUUAACCCAACCCAGGUCUAUUUGUCAGAUCACCUUCAAUAGUUACCUUGACUUGCAAUAAUUCACUGGAAAACACAAGCUUCCAUAGUUUUUAGCAUGUUUGGUAGGAGAUUUUAACUAGGAUGUGUGUAAAGGGUAAGCCACCAGCUAUAAAAGCUCACUAAAAGGCUGAAUAAAAUUCCUUGUUUUUAACAAUAUUUUAGUACCUCUCUGGCUCCCAAAUUCAGGUUGGUUUUGAAGGACGCGAUUUGAGUCAAGCAUUUAAAACCUCCUGUUACAACUCCACAGUUGCAUGUCCUAAUGGGGGCCAGCAUAGUUCUGGGGUGGGUUUUUUGUAGACAAUGUGCAGGUCUGUUACCCAGAUUUACCCUCUGUAAGUUUGUCCUUUUGGUUCAGUUUUAAACUAGAAAUUAUUUCAGCAUGACUAAAGGCUGCACUUUGUCUUGUCCUAGACAAAUGUGUGCAAUGAGUGUGUUCAUGUGCAGUUCUCUGGGUUGUUUAAAUUAUGCAAAAAUAUGUAUUUAAAAAGCCAGGUAGAGCAAAGUUAGGUAGUCCACCCACUUUCACAGCAGCAGUAAGAAUAUCACUUUUCAGCAUUUCUAGCUAAGGAACAUGACAGUAACAGUAGUUGGUGCAAUAUUGCUGGGAUGCUGUAGGGAAGGAUCCAGCACUUGUGAUCCAAAGCAUGUUGGUCAUGUUGCUUAGGUUUGAGCCUCACUUGUGGCCCUGGUGGGAUGAGCACGUGGCAGCUGUGUCACUACACGUGGUGUUCAGAGCACAGUUAAGUGGGGACACUCUGGAAGUGUCAUUCAUUUGUCAGAAUAAAGAGUCUAUGUAACUUUGUAUUUAUCUCAAUAAAUCCUGUGACUGUUUUUUAAACCAGCUUGUGUAACUGAUUUUUGUCAUGGGUGAGAUGUGAGUGCAUUUCUUGGUUAAUGAAACUUGUCCCAUGUGUAAGCACUGUUGACUGUCAGACCAGGACUGAACGUGGAAUUCUUUGUGCUGUGCAGUAAAAGAAUCUUUAAAAUGUGCCAUCAAUUGCUGGAAUUUCCCCUACCUGUGGGGAUAUAGGACUUACAGGGAAGCCUCCUUCCAGGCUCAGGCAGCACCUGAGCAGAGUUUUGUGUUCUUGGCAGCUUCACACCACGGUUGGUCUUGUCUUACCUGUGAACUCCAGUCUGCUGCACAUCUCCCUGUGUGAGCUCAGUGUUGGAACUUGGGAGCAGAGACCUGUUCUUGCUUUGGCAUUGCAUAAACAGCUUUUUAGCUCAGGGAAUUUUUAAGGAGAAAGAAAGAGAAACUGUUUUUACACCUGUUCCAUAUUUAUCAAUAGACAGCAGAGGCUCAGAACACUGUUGGCAAUUGUUACAUUCCCUUCUUAAAGUGAACCAAAUGAACAGAAAUUGUUAAAUGCCAGAGUACAAUACAGCUUCUAAAGCCCAACUGCCAUCAGGAAACUGGUGCUGAUUGGGCUUUUACAUAUUUUCCUCUUGCUUAGGAAAGAGAAUUGUAGUCAGCUUGCAAUCUUCCUGACAUUGUUCCUGAUGGAAGCAGACAAAAAGUACCAGUGAAACAGAAGGGCUGCAAUUUAGUGAAUUUAUGCAAAAUACAAUCAGCAUUCAAACUGGGAGUUACCAAGCAGAAAUGUAUUGAUAGAAAAGCCAAAAUACUUUGUGCAUAAAAUGUGAAAUAUUUAAACAGGAUUUCAAAGAGACUCCUGGAAUUCCCGUAACUCUAGGCCAGGUAAGAUUCAGGAGGAAUUUUGUCACUGUCAAAGCUCAUGAGGAAGGGCAGAGGGGCUGUGAUUUAGUCCCCAGCACUCAGGCCAUGCCUCCGUGUGCUGCAAACCAGUGCAGCUCUGCUGUGGCACAAGAGCUUGGAGCAGUGAGGAAAAACAGAAACAGCUUUUUCAGAAGAGUGAUUAGCAGGGAGGAUGAUUGCUUAUGAGGGAUGGCUGCUAAGGAUCUGUGGAGGGAUGGAGAGGGAAGAGCAGUGAGGAGAUCUCAAAGGACUGAGAGAAAUGGAACAGCAGAUGAGCUGGGGCAUAAAAUUCCAAAGGUAGUCAGUCUGUAGCAUGUCCACACAGUCUCUCCCUUCAUUUUCUGAAUUUGUAGUGUUGUUGAGUUGUAACCACCAACUGUGUUCAAAGGCAAGCAGAAGCCAGCAGUGAGCUGUGCCUGAGGAUCUGCUGACCAGUAAGGUUUAGGUAGGGUGGUGGUUUGCAGAGGGGAGCCAAAAGUUAUUAAUUUCCUACUCUGCUUCCAGCAGCCUGUUUAGGUUGGUUUGAUGCCUAAGCCAGGCUGCAAUUGAGGUUUGUGCUUUGGUUUCCCUUUAGGUUCCAGUUCUCUGUACACUGUUCUGUUUGCAGCAUUUGCUUGACAUGACUGUCUGGUGUGGGUUGCUGGUGUUUUUCUGGAAUUCCUGUGUGUACAGGAGCUAAUAAAGGAACUGUCAGCUCAGAAAGCCCAUAAAUACAGUUCUAGUGGCUUGGGACAAGAAAUGCAGAGAUCCCUUGGCCAAGCCUCUUCCAUGGAAUUUCUGAUGCUAUUUCAAUUCAUUUGGUUUCCAGUAGCCAAACAACCACUGGGGUCAAGCAGAAGUCAAGGUAUAAAAAUUCAUGGCUAUGAGCCCCCUUACCUAUGAGCUGCCAUAUGUUAGAAGAGUGAUCUAGACCAUAGCAGUUGUCUUCUGUCCCCUGAUGAGUGUUUGUAUGCAUAAUUCAAAUGUGUGUGUGUGUUUGAAUUCCAGCUUUUAUUGAGUGAAUUGGGCUCUGAUAAUAAACAGGAUAGAUAAAUCAGAACGGAGUUAAAGCACUGAUGUGCUGGGGGGCUGGAAUUAAAAUGAGUGCAGUGACCUCGAGCAGGAUGUAAUUUCAAAAGUGCCUGAAAUAUGCUGAUGACAUAAAAUAAGGCAGGGGAAGUUGGAGGGGCAGAGGAACAAAACAAACUCAUUCAAAGUGAUUUGGAUUUAUCAGGAUUACAGGCAGGUAAGUGGUUUAUGCAGUUUAUGUAGGGAAGUGUGAGGUAAUAAGGCCAGGGACCAAAAGUAAUGAGAGUGCAGUGAGAGUGGUGUGGCAUGUGGACCAGAGCUUGUGGGAGGGCAGGUACAGCACUUGUCAUUGGUGUCAAACAUGCAGGAAUCCUCUGGCACUGCUCUGGCAAAGCACAAACCUUUCAGAGGCUGAGAUGUGUCUGGUGAGGAGAAUCCAGCUUUUGAUGUUACAGCAAACAUGAACUGAGCUGUCUAAUAGUUCAUCACACUGAUUUCAGACCUAGAAAAAUUUAAAAAUGCAUUGUUUUGGACUGAUGAGUGCCCUGACAGCCACAGGAAAGCUGAGAUAAAUUGCUGAAUCCUUCCAGCUGGCUAAUCUAGAGGUGGAUUCUGUGGUUUUGAAAGUACUUGGUUUCUUUCUUUUUUAAUCCUAAUGUCUAUUUUAAUUUUUUUAAAUGUUUCAUUUAUCUUCUAAAUUGUAAGCUUUGGAUUUUACCUCAGUUGUGGCCAAACAGCUUUUGAAACCAAAUCAAAGGCAGAAACAAUAAAAUGAGAGCUCUGUGUUGAAUUCUGUCAAUGUCCAGCUUUUAUUGUUUUGAUAUAAUCCAUAUUAAUUGUCCCUGUUUAAAAGAGCUUUCUCUAACUUGACCUAAAUGCCAUUUUUACGCUUAAUUUUCACUGAAGAAAUCAGAUAUUUGAAAAUAAAGUUUUCCUGUCUUACCUUUUAGUGCCCCAGUUUUACAUAUAUCCUGAAAGAUUCCCAAUAAUCCAUCAUUUCCAGUAUUUUAAUGCCUAACACAGAGACUUCUCUUUUCCUUUGAGCUCUCCGUGCUGCAUCCUGUAAAAUCCUUUAUUGUGUGGAAGCCACAGGUUCAGGUUGCCACAUCUGAGUAAGACAGUGAGGAGCUACAGGGAAAGCAGAACUGGGAAGGACAGAAGGCUGUUACGAGGAGGACAUUGUGUACUGGGAGCUGGAUGUAUUUUGAGAAAGAGACACCACUACAAAGAACUCCGAGUUUAAAUUGCAAAGAUGGAUGAAGUAAAAAUGAGGGAUGGUUAUUUUGCCUUUUACAGACGGGAGCUGAAGCAGGGGAGGUGAGUGUUGUGGCCAAAGUCACCCUGGGAGUCCGUGGAACUGCAUCCUGAUCUUUGAAGUGCAGUUCCAGUAUUUUACCAUAUAUUGUCUUCUGUUCCCUUGCUGCUGAAUGUGGAUUUGAUGUGCACAUGUGUAAUGAGCCAAGCAUGUUCUGCGUAUGUUUAGCCAAAUUGUGACCUCAGGGACAUGAGGGGAGCGCUCCCUGGUCUGGUCAGGAGGGCUUCCAUGGCUGGGCUCAUCCAAGGACUGCAAAGCAGUGUUGGCAUUUACUUUAUGAAAUUAAAGGUUGGUGUUUUAGCAUCUGUGGGUUCUGGAGAGGCCUGGCAGGGCAGUGGUUGAUGCUGCAUGGCUGAUUGUGUGACCCCUUGUACUGUCUGGGCACCGGAUGCUGCUUAAUGAUUAGUGUGUAACAAAUUAAAAAAUCAAUACACAGAUAAAUAAACAUCCAUUGCAGGAGCCUUUCAAAUCUCUCUCCUCUGGGGGAGAAGGGAGACCUGCAGGCAUUACAUUCUUCACUGGACACAAAUGCCUCUGGACUCUGUGCUAUCCUGACACCUUGCAGAGGGAAUGUGUACUUGAGAUUAAUUAUAUUCCAUAGGUGGUUCAAUAUGUGGUGGAAAAAAACCUGACAUUUUUGGCUUAGUUUUGCUGUGUGCAGAUGUUCUUGCAGAGGAUGAGUGGUCAGCACAGUCAAAGUGGGCUCAGGAGGAACAAGUCCUGCCCUGAAGGGCUUUAGCCAUAGGGUCUCAUUGCAGACAAUACCUUUGAAGUCUAAAGAUAAGAUUUUAUUGCCCAAGCUCCCUCUGUAGCUUUGUGGAGAACAAGGAUCCUGUGGUGUAUCAUUUAAAGUCUGAAUUUGGACUGCAGUCCUGAAAAAAAGUCGUGCAUGUGGCACAUCAAACACCAGAGGCUGACCUGAGCCUCUCUCAGCCAAAAUCAGGCAACAAAUUGAGUUACUGUGUUGUCAUCAUUAGGGUGUCAGAAGCACAAAAACUUCUGUGCAUCUGGCCUUGUUUUUCAGAAAUAAAAAAGCAUUUAAAGUUGGUGUGAUAUAUUAUGGAAUGCAGGUAAUUAAUGCCAUUGUAAUGACCAAAGGGAGAAUUCAGACAGAAUUCAGAUGUAGUUUCUGAAUCUGUACAAACACCUACAAAUCCAGAAUGGGACAGGCGAGUAAAUAAAUCCCUGAUUGGCCUGACUGAUUUUUCCAUUCUUCUUACAUAAGAAAUGUGUGUAUAUUUCUGUGCUGUGCUUGGGCCAUAAUUUAUGUUUUGCAAUAUAACAAGUAUACGUGUGCAUAAUUAGAUGGGACAAUAAAGAAAAGCAGUUGAUUGAAUUAUGCAUAAUAAAGCUGUAAUUUUCAGGGAAGGCUGUAGUCAUCAGGAGAGAAAGUGAAGCUUGUUUGUUUUGUUAGUGUUGUUAAAUACCUGAGCUGAGACUAGAGUCUUGUAAGACUUUGUAUUUUUACAUCUCAUGGGGUUUGGGCAAGACCAGGUGAACAAACCAACAUUUUGGAACCUGAGGUAUAGGAUAAACUUUGCAGCCUGCCCUUAUGAGGACUGUUCAUGAGGCUUACAAGAAAAUACUGUGUAUUUACUUUUCCACAGUAAAAAUGUAUAAAUCAUCACUAUAGAGCCCUUUAAACGAGGAAGAUUUGGCUCACUAGGUUUGAAAAGCCAUUCUCAUAUUUGGAUGCUUUUACACAUCCGUGACCACUCUGCAUGUGCUUUAUUCAGCUUCAAAUCAAGUCCACCAGCACUGCCAAACACACACAUGAGAUGCAUGUAAAAUACAUUCCAAAUAAUUGCAGUAUUUAUGUAAUUUGAUGUUUUGUGUGUUUCAGGAACCCUCAACAGCUGGUUAACUCCUGCAGGCCCAGUGAGCUGAGAGGGGCAGAGGGAGUGCCAGGGUGUGGCUGCCCAGCAGAACCAACCAGGUCCUGCCUGUCACUGCUGCCAGUUCUGAGGUGAAAUGGAAACUCUGUUCCAGUGUGCACCAGGCUCUGCUCGCCUGUGGAGCAGCUAACUGCAGGAUUUGUUAAAGCACCAGCACCCUCACAGGGCUGGGACUCGACAGAAACUGCAACCAGGCUGAGACUGGAGGUUUGGGACAAAACUGAAGAACAAGCAGCAGUAAUGGCAGCAAUUAUGCCAUUUCAUUUCUUUACCACACUCAGCACUAGCUCUUAAUUUUUAUUUUAAUUUAAUCUCAAUAAAAGCUUUUACUACUUCCUUACCUUACCUCCUCACCCUUGGAAUCCUUUGAAAGAAAGCUAGUUCAGCAAGUAAGAACUUCCAAUCUCCUUUAUUGGACUAACCUUCCUUUUCAUUAGCAUAUUCUGCUUCCCCUUUUGUGAGUAAGUUCCUCUCCCAGUGUCACUGCUUUAGCUGCCUGUGGACUCACCCUAUUCACUGGUGAUCCUGACACACUGUAUUUAUAAAUUCAACCAUCAGUCACGUUCUAUUCUCCAGCUGUUUGACAGCUUUAAGACUCUGAAUAUACAUAUAAAUCAUAUAAAAGAAAAUAAUUAUGACUUGGCUUAUUAGAACUGGCUUCUUAUUAAUUUGUGGUACUGAAGAGGACAGUAUUGUCUCUGACAAAAAGCAGACUCUUAAAUAAAGGUAGAAAAAUUACAACCAUAUUCAAAGGGCAAUUCCUUGUCUUAAACAAAUGCUUUUAAAGCAUAGUUUGGCUUUCAAAUGCAGUUUACUUUGACCUUUAGUUAAAGACCCCCCUCUGUAAGACAACUGGUUUUCAGAGCUUGUGUGGUUUCUUAAAACAGAUGUUGUUGUAUUGCAAUUUUAAAAUCUAAUUUUCUAACCUUAAUGUAUUUUUCCACAGGUGUCACAGGUCGAACUUGCAGGUGAUCUGGAAGCUGUAGCUUGGGCUUUGCAGCUUCUUUCUUUUCAACUCCAAGCAACUAAAACCAAAACAUAUUUAAAAAGUGGACUCUUUAUCUUUGGAAAUAUACUGUAAUAUGUGAUAUCCACACCAUUCCCCUCACUGUUGCAUAUGAACUUCCUGUUCUUUCCACCUCAAGCAGGAUUACUUAUUUCAGUGCUUUGGAAAUUACUGGAUUUUUUUUUGUUUGUUUGUUUCUGAAGACGUGCAAACUACAUCUAUAACUAUGCAGGAACCGCAUCAAUCCUGUUCUUUAGCAAUGAAAUACUGUGAUUCCAAAUGUAACAUCAUGUGCUACUGUAUUCUAAUAUCUAAACAUCACUGAGAAGAGACAUCACUCCAAAUAUUUUCAUUUGUUGUAGAUUCCCCCACUGACAAUUUAAUUAGCUGGAACCUUUUCCCCUAGAUUUUUAAAAUACCAUAUGGAGAGACAAAGGGGAAAUAUUUUCCUGUCAGUGUGCAUCUAGUACUUGUUAGCACUAUUAGGAGUCAUGCUUCUCAAGAGAAAUAUAUCAGAAUAUGCACAGCAUAUAAAUUACCACUUGAUGUAUUUUAUUCAGAAGAAAACUGAGUAUUUGAACCAUUUCAAAAGUAGUGCAGUUGCUACCUUGGAUGCCAGCGUAGUAAAGCAUACUCAGUACA